AUAUAAUAUUCAGUAUUGAUAUAGUGCAGAAGAAUAUAUCUUUGAACAUACUUUACAUGUGUGCACUGUAUUAUAAUAAGAAAUUUUGAAAUGCUUUGUGUCCAUUCCAAAAAGCUUACAUUUAACAAUACCUAUGUACAGGUAAUUUUCUGUCGCGGCAACUUCAGUAAGGACAUCCUUAUUUCGAGUUGAGCUUCAAUUCAAAACGAAGAAAACAAGGUGGCAUAUUGUAUGAUUUUGUACACGUGAUUACAUUUCGUAUGUAGGUAUUUUCAUACCUAUUGAACAUUAUAUUUCAGUGAUACAAAAAUAAGAAAGAAAAUCAUUAGAAAAAUAAAAGUUAACUAAAGAGCUACAAAUAUGGUAGAUGUACUUUUUAUGCGUCUUCAUGAAGUUUAUGAAAAAUGGGAUAGCAAGACGGAUAUAAGAAGAAAUAGCGGAACAACAACAGCAAGCGGAACUCCGUCUCCAUUUUCUGCAGGCGAUCUUCGACGUGCAGGACGAGAGUAUCAAAGGAGACGUGAUUUUGAAUGGAGAAAUGAAACAGGAUAUACGAGGUUGUACGAUGCUAAGCUAGAUAAAGAUUCGAGCAUUUAUUACAAAAGUAUAAAUUUGUUCGUACAACCUUAUUGCAGUAGUUGUAUACAACCAUCUGAGAAUUCUCCAUAUAGAAAAGAAAGCAAUGAACAACCAUACGGCGUGAAUAUGUUGACGGUAGAUUCUGGUCCUGGAUUGUUUUCUAAAUUUUUUUGUCAUUUCUUUUAUAUUUACGGAUUGAAGACAUAUUAUUAUCCAAGAUUAACAGAGACAGUAUUGAAUGAUGAGAAAUUAAAUGAAAUCUUCAAAAUAGCCGCUUGGGAAAUAGCUAAUAAUGAUGGCUUUAAUGAAAAGCAGGCCAUGACGAAUGUUAAAGAUAGAGCUAAAACAAUACUUUUACAGAUGGAAAGUAGAAUUAGUAAUACGCUACUUAAAAUUACUGCGUGGAUUCUUUACAAAUUAUUACCUUGUUUCUUACGAUCAGCUAUUAUUUUUCCACCACAAAUAGAAGUAUUGAAAAAGGCUAGCGAUACUGGUUUGCCUUUAAUUUUUUUACCUCUACAUCGUAGUCAUUUGGAUUAUGUUAUGAUAAGUUUUAUUCUUCUUAUGCAUAAUAUCAGAAAUCCAUUGAUAGCUGCUGGUGAUAAUUUAAGAAUUCCUUUUUUUGGGUGGCUUCUUAGAGGUUUAGGUGCUUUCUUUAUAAAACGCCGUAUUGACCCAUCUGCAGGUCAUAAAGAUAUUCUUUAUCGUGCUGUUCUUCAUACAUAUAUUAUAGAAAGUCUUCGAGCUGGUCAUAAUAUAGAAUUCUUCGUGGAGGGUGGUAGAACAAGAACUGGUAAACCAUGUAUGCCAAAAGGUGGCAUCCUAAGUGUGAUUGUCGACGCCUAUAUGGAUGGUAUAAUUGAUGAUGCUUUAAUAGUACCAAUUGCAAUGAACUAUGAACGUCUAGUAGAUGGAAAUUUUGUGAGAGAACAAUUAGGACAACCCAAAAAAAUGGAAACAUUUGGAUCAACAAUGAAAGCUAUAUGGUCUACAUUAAUGGGAAAUUACGGCAUUGUCAAAAUUAAUUUUUGUGAACCAUUUUCACUUAGUAAAAUGUUGAAGUCAUUUCAGAAAAGCCAAAACAAUGUAAAACAUCAAAUGGGAAAAAAGAUUCUCAAGCACACAAUGUCCAAUUCAUCUUUAUAUGGGACUGAUUUCGUAGCAGAAGAACAUCGUCAAUUAGUUGAUAACAUUGCGCGUCAUGUUGUAUAUGAUUGCUUUAAAUCUACUCCUAUUAUGUCAACAAAUAUUGUUGCUCUCUUACUCUUAAAUAAAUUCAGAGAUGGAUGUACAUUAGACGAAUUGGUGAAAUCAUUUGAUGUAGUCAAACAAAAUUUUAUAUACAAAAACGUUGAUAUGGCAUUUUCUGGCAAAACCAUUGACAUUAUAAAUCAUGCAUUGGAUAUCUUGGGCCCAGAAUUAGUUAAGCAACAACAAGAAGAAAUAACAGAAACUGUGGAGGGACAGCUUAUCAAAUCAAAUGUCAUUGUAAUUCGUCCCGUAUCGAUAUUACCAAAUUUAAUUGAAUUAUCAUAUUACAGCAAUUCUAUGAUAUCUUAUUACAUUAUGGAUAGUGUUGCAGUAACAGCUUUGUAUGCUGGAUUAAAGUCUGUAAAAAAAGAUCCAAUGACACUUUCUAAAGAGGAUAUAAUUAGUAUUUCCGAAGAUGCUUUUAUUAAAAAAAUACUUAAACUUUGUGAUAUAUUAAGAUAUGAAUUUAUUUUUUGCAAACCUUGUGACACACUUGAUAACGUCGCUACAAAUACUAUACGACAUCUUUCAUCGAUAUUUGUUUCAGAGGAAGUUCGUACGUCGGAACAAUUAUGGACCAGAAAUUUUAUAAGACAUACUCAUUUAUUUUCAAAUGAUGGUUAUUCAGGAAGAUAUACAUACACACUUAAAAUAAAUCCGACUAGCAUUAAUAUAAUGGAAUUUUUACAUACAAUGUUACGUCCAUUAAUUGAUACAUAUACAUUGAGUGCGUAUACUUUGAGAAAAUUAGUGAGAAGAUCUUUAUCUGAAAAGGUUUUGCUUCAUGAAGUUUUAAAUGAAAUAAAAACGAAUUUGGAUAAUGGCAUCAUUAAUUACGGUGAAAGUUUAUGUGUUGAUCCUAUUAAGAAUUCUUUUAAACUUUUUGAAAAGUUGAAUAUCUUAGAAUGUGUUCCUCAAGGAAAUGUUAAAAUAUUUUAUUUAAAAGUAGACUAUGAUACAGAUGUAGCUAUAGAAAACUUUUAUCAAGAUAUAGCAGCAUUUAAGUGGACCAGAAGUACAGAAUGAUGAUUUCUUUUCAUAUUACCAAGAUAAAAUUAUAUAAAAUAUUGUAUAUAGUUUUUCUAAGGUGUGAAGUAUAUUUUGUAAGACUUUUUAAAUGAUAUUCUGUAAAUUUAUAAAAAAGAUGUCAAAAAUCCUCCAUGACGAUAUAUAUAUAAAGUUGAUAGUUCGUACUUUCUUAUUGAAAUAUGUUUGUACAGUUUACAAGGUUUACUGUGUGAAGCUUAUAUGAUAUAUUAUGUGUAUAUACAUAUACAUAUAUAUAUAUAUAUAUAUAUAUAUAUAUAUAUAUAUAUACAUGCUCGCACGCACACACAUAUACAUGAGCUUUCAACUGUAUCAUAGCAAAUGCGUGUCAAACUCAUAAUAUAAUAUUACAAUAUGUUUUACUGAAUAUCAAUUUAUAAUUACUCCAUUGAUAAAAAUACUAUUAUUUUAUUUUGUUUAAACCUCAUUCAGAUUUAUUUUUUAUGAAUAAAAUAACAAACAAAAUAAAUCAAAAAAGACGAAUAAAAUUAAAAUAUAAAUAAUGAAAAUAAAGAAAAAUUAGUUCUAAUAAAAAUAUUAAAAUUUGAUAGCUGAUGCCAUUGGAUAACUUCGUCUUAAACCCAGACACUUUUCUCUAUCUAUGAACAACGCAUCUAUUUUAGAUUUUAAAUCUAUUUCUAAAUUUGCUCUCGUAGACAAUAAUUGCUGAUGUUGAGCUUCAAAAGUUUGUAAUUUUAAAUUCAUAUCGUGUAUCAUUACAUUUAUUGUUUCUACUUCUUUGAUCAUUCUGUAAAAAUGAUAUAAAACAAAAUGAUGAAAUAUUUAGAAUAUAAAAUAAGUCAAAAACUAUAUUUCAUAGUUACAAUAACAAACCUUAAUUGAGCAUAGUCUUUACAUGAUUCAGCUUCAGGUCUGUGUGAUCUGGCUUCAAGACGUGUAUGUGCAACUUUUAAAGCAUUACUUUUAUCUGUAAUUGCUUUCUGCAUCAAUUGUAGAUUUUUUUCAAUAUAGAAAAGCUCUUCUUGAAUCUAUAUUACAUAAACAUAUAUAUUUUAUUAAUUAUUAUAAAAAUAAAAUAAAACAUUUCAUAUAUAAAAGUA